AUGCCAGAAAACCACUAUCGGAUUUCACGAUUCGUUGGUUCAUUCAACGUUUUAGUUAAUAUGGUUCUAUUCCUUCAUUCUUAUCUACUUUCUUUCAUUACAUUCUUUCCUACCUUUCUCAAUCCGUCUUUUCAUCAUUCCUUCUCUCCGAUAUCUUCUUUCUUUCUUUCUUUCUUUCUUUCUUUCUUUCUUUCUUUCUUUCUUUCUUUCUUUUGUACCGUCCAUCUCCUUUUUCUUUCCUUACCAUACCUUUCUUUCUUUCUUUCUUUCUUUCUUUCUUUCUUUCUUUCUUUCUUUCUUUCUUUUGUACCGUCUAUCUCCUUUUCUUUUCCUUUCUUUUCUUUCUUUCUUCUUUCUUUCUUUCUUUCUAACAAUUCAUUCUUUCUAUCUAUUUAUCUCAGUCUGAUUCUAUGUCUGUCUGUCUGUCUGCCCAUCUAUCUAUCUAUCUAUCUAUCUAUCUAUCUUAUCCAUAUCUAUCUAUCUAUGCCUGAUUCUAUAUCUAUCUAUCUAUCUAUCUAUCUAUCUAUCUAUCUAUCUAUCUAUCUAUCUAUCUGCAUAGAUACUUUCAUUCAUGUUUACUUACUUUCAUUCCGUUCCAUUCAUUUCUUUUCUCUUUCUGUCUUUUCAUCAUUCCAUCUCUCCGAUAAUUUCUUUCUUUCUUUCUUUCUUUCUUUCUUUCUUUCUUUCUUUCUUUCUUUUCAGCCUCCCAUCUUUCCGAUUCUUUUUUCUUUCUUUCUUUCUUUCUUUUAUUUCUUUCUUUCCAGCCUCCCAUCUUUCCGAUAUCUUUAUUUCUUUCUUUCUUUCUUUCUUUUCAGCCUCCCAUCUUUCCGAUUCUUUCUUUCUUUCUUUCUUUCUUUCUUUCUUUCUUUUCAGCCUCCCAUCUUUCCGAUUUUUUUUCUUACUUUCUUUCCAUAUAUUUUCCAUUUCUUUCUUUCUUUCUUUCUAUAUAUGUCUUUUCUUUUUCACCUACCUACCUGCCCACCUACCUACCUAUCUACAGGGUUUCUUCGACUUACGUUCCUACGGCGCGAGGUCCGACGUAACCCGAAGACUCUAUCUAUCUAUCUAUCUAUCUAUCUAUCUAUCUAUCUAUCUAUCUAUCUAUCUUUGUUCAGAUCUAUAUUUGAAUGA